AUGGUCGUUUUACACGCCUCCAACCUGGCCGACUUCGACCGGCUCAAGUCCGCCAACACAUAUCUCGUCGCCGACUUUUACGCAGACUGGUGCGGGCCAUGCCACGCCAUCAAGCCCAUGUACGAGAGCCUCGCCAACGCCCACGGCCAGCCGGGCCAGCUCGUCUUCGUCAAGGUCAACGUCGAUUCCGCCACCGACAUCGCCCGUCAAUACGGCGUGACCGCCAUGCCCACCUUCAUGUUCUUCGAGAACGGCCAGCCGUACAACGGAGGCCGCUCCGUCGUGCGCGGCGCCGACCCGCGCGCUCUGACUACGACCAUCCAGGAGCUGGCGGGACUGGCGAAGAAGAAGGCCGCCGAGGCGACCGCCGCGGCUGCGAAGAAGGCCGAGGCAGAGAGGAAGAGGAAGGAGGCCGAGGAGGCCGAGAAGAAGCCCGACGAUGGAUCGACCGUGUCUGGCGGGUAUACUCUCGGGGGAGACGGCGGGAAGAGGUCGGAUUGGAAGAUGUCGCUGAGGUGA